AGAGAGCAUAGGCCACUGCUAACCAUCCAAAAAGCAUCGGCCACUGCGCUACCACCACCAGCCCAGCGAGCAUCGGCCGCCGCCACUUGCCCAGAAAGUAUCAGCCACUGUCGCCUGCCCAGAGAGCAUCAGCUCCUGCCUCGACUGCGGGUGCCCAAAGAUGCCCGUGGUUCCCGCUGCCGGCGCCUUGCAGCUUCUGCUGCUGCUGGCUGUCCAGGUCGGUGUGGCUGCCGGCGCUCCCCAGCCGUGGCGGUGCGCGCCCUGCUCCGCCCAGAAGAUCGCGCUCUGCCCGCCGGUGCCAGCCUCGUGCCCGGAGCUUGCCCGGCCGGCCGGCUGCGGCUGCUGCCCGACGUGUGCCCUGCCUCUGGGCGCUGCGUGCGGCGUGGCCACUGCGCGCUGUGCCCGGGGACUCACCUGCCGUGCGCUGCCCGGGGAGCCGCGGCCUCUGCACGCCCUCACCCGCGGCCAGGGCGCUUGCGUGCCAGAGCCUGACACCUCCACGGCCAGCGCAGAGGCCGCAGAGGCAAAGAGCCGCCCUGCUCAAGAGAAUGUGUCCCCCGAGAGCACAGAGAUGACAGAGGAGCAGCUCUUGGAGAAUUUUCACCUGAUGGCCCCCUCCAGCGAGGACCGGCCCAUCCUCUGGAAUGCUAUCAGCACCUAUGAGAGCAUGAGAGCUCGGGACCCUGCCAACAUCAAAACAUGGAAGGAGCCCUGCCAAAGAGAACUCUACAAAGUGCUAGAGAGAUUAGCCAAGGCACAACAGAAAGCAGGAGAAGAAAUUUACAAAUUUUAUCUGCCAAACUGCAACAAGAAUGGAUUUUACCACAGCAGACAGUGCGAGACGUCCAUGGAUGGAGAAACAGGGCUCUGCUGGUGCGUCUACCCUUGGAGUGGGAAGAAGAUCCCAGGAUCUCCAGAGAUCAGAGGGGACCCCAACUGUCACCAGUAUUUUAAUGUACAAAACUGAAAACAGAUGCAGUAAUGUUCCUUCACAUGAAGUAUUUAAAUAUAUUGUAUAUUUAUUCUCUAGAACACACACGUUUAUAUAUAUGUAUAUAUAUAGGAACUACUUUUUAUACUCUGCAUAUUACUUGAUAUAUAAAUCUGUUACUUUAUUUAUUCACUGUAAGUUUAUUUUUUUCUACACAGUAACUUGUACGAUGUUAAUUUGUAUAUCAUGAAAUACUUCUUACCACAUUGUGUAUAACCAUGUGUAUGUCAUCUCUUCCAAAGCUCACGCUUCUGUUUUUAAAGACCAUGGAAAAAUACUGCUUAGAAAAUGUAAAAUCAAAUACAAGACAGUGAUUUUUCAAGUGGAUUAAAGGGGAAGAGCUAACUCCUAUAUUCCAUGAUUGAUCUACAUUUGGUGUAAAUUUGCAGGCAAAGUAAUGUUGAUUACUCAACAGAAGCUACCUGUGGUGAUGUUGCUGCCUGUUAAAAUGUGCACUGGAUAUAUUGUUAAAACGUAUACAUCAUAGACACAUAUUUUGAAUAAAUAUUCCAUGUGGAAA